GCGACAAAUCCACACCAAACUUUCGAUAGCACCACCGAAGCGCGAACCUCAAGAACAGCACGAUGGCCGAGCCACAAACUACCCCAGCAGCCGAGGCAGAGACCUUCGCUUUCUCGGCCGACAUCAACCAGCUUUUGUCGCUGAUUAUCAACACUUUUUACUCGAACAAGGAGAUCUUCCUCCGUGAGCUCAUCUCCAACUCCAGCGAUGCCCUCGACAAGAUCCGAUACCAGUCCCUCACGGACAAGGCGGUGUUGGACUCGGAGCCAAGUAUGGAGAUCCGUAUUAUCCCUGACAAGGCGAACAACACGUUGACGAUCGAGGACUCCGGAAUCGGCAUGACGAAGGCUGACCUGGUGAACAACCUUGGUACGAUCGCCAAGUCGGGGACCAAGGCCUUCAUGGAGGCCCUCAGCGCCGGAGCCGACAUCAGCAUGAUCGGUCAAUUCGGAGUGGGUUUCUACUCGGCCUACCUGGUUGCUGACAAGGUUACGGUUACCUCCAAGAGCAACGACGACGAGCAGUACACCUGGGAAUCCUCCGCGGGCGGCUCGUUCACGGUUACCCAGGACGGACCGGACGCCAAGCCACUCGGCCGCGGAACCCGCAUCGAGCUUGUCCUGAAGGAGGACAUGGCCGAGUUCCUUGAGGAAAGGAAGAUCAAAGACCUCGUCAAGAAGCACUCUGAGUUCAUCGGGUUCCCGAUCAAGCUCUACACGGAGAAGACCACCGACAAGGAGGUUACCGAUGACGAGGACGAGGAUGAGGCGGACGAUGAGGACGAGGACAAGGAGCCGAAGGUGGAGGACGUGGACGAAUCGGAGGGCAAGGAGAAGAAGACGAAGAAGAUCAAGGAGGUUUCUCACGAGUGGGAGCACCUGAACCAGCAGAAGCCCAUCUGGAUGCGCAAGUCCGAGGAGGUCACCCACGACGACUAUGCGGCGUUCUACAAGUCGCUCAGCAACGACUGGGAGGACCACGCGGCGGUGAAGCACUUCUCCGUCGAGGGGCAGCUUGAGUUCCGAUCUGUCCUGUUCGUGCCCAAGCGCGCUCCGUUCGACAUGUUCGAGGGCGGAACGAAGAAAAAGCACAACAACAUCAAGCUGUACGUGCGGAGGGUGUUCAUCAUGGAUAACUGCGAGGACCUAAUGCCCGAGUACCUGCAGUUCGUGAAGGGUGUCGUUGACUCGGAGGACCUGCCCCUCAACAUCUCCCGCGAGAGCCUCCAGCAGAACAAGAUCCUUCGCGUGAUUCGAAAGAACCUCGUCAAGAAGUCGGUCGAGCUCUUCAACGAGCUCGCUGAGGACGCUGAGAAGUACAAGAAGGUCUACGAGGCGUUCGCGAAGAACCUCAAGCUUGGCAUCCACGAGGACGCCGCCAACCGUGCAAAGCUCGCCAAGCUCCUCCGGUACCACUCCACUAAGAGCGGCGAGGAGAUGACCUCCCUCGACGACUACGUCGCGAGGAUGGACGACAAGCAGGCGGGCAUCUACUACGUGACGGGAGAGUCUAAGAUGGCGGUGGAAAACUCCCCCUUCCUCGAGAAGCUCAAAAAGAAGGGCGUCGAGGUCCUGUUCAUGGUGGACCCGAUCGACGAGUACGCGGUGCAGCAGCUCAAGGAGUUCGAGGGUAAGAAGCUCAUCUGCGCGACCAAGGAGGGGAUGACCAUCGACGAGUCGGACGAGGACAACAAAAACUUCGAGGAGGCCAAGGCGGCAUCAGAGGGCCUCUGCAAGCUCAUGAAGGAGGUACUCGUGGACAAGGUGGACAAGGUUGUGGUCUCCAACCGUCUCGCUGACUCCCCCUGCGUGCUUGUAACCGGGGAGUACGGUUGGUCGGCCAACAUGGAGCGCAUCAUGAAGGCGCAGGCCCUCCGCGACUCUUCGACGUCGUCGUACAUGACCUCGAAGAAGACCAUGGAGGUCAACCCUACCAACUCGAUCGUUGUCGCCUUGCGGGAGAAGGCGUCUGCGGACCAGAGCGACAAGACGGUGAAAGACUUGAUCUGGCUCCUUUACGACACUUCGCUCCUCACGUCUGGCUUCAGCCUCGACGAGCCAACCACAUUUGCGGGACGUAUCCACAGGCUGAUCAAGUUGGGUCUCUCGAUCGACGAGGACGACGCGGCAGGGGACGACGGAGACGAUGACAUCCCCGACCUCGAUGACGCCGAAGGCGAUGAGGAGUCGACGAUGGAGCAGGUCGACUAAGGUUGUAGUAGGCUAUCUAUGCCUCCUCGGGUCAGGCAUCCGCGUGGGACUUAGUGGUAUGUUUCGAAAAGCGUCGCAGUCCGAAUAGGGGUGAUUCCACUCGCGAAGGACCAGAGCGUGGGAAUUAUCACUCCGGGGGACCUUCUUGUUACAAUAGAGAAGAGCGUCAGCGGAUGGUUGAAUCGUCGGCGUAGUCGCGCUCCCUCGCUCUUUUGCUAUCCCAUCUAACCCCCAUGUCGACCGGGCGAAAGAGAGAAGGGGUCGCUAGGAGGGAAAGUUCCUGCCAUGCAUUUGUUUGGUUUGUGGUUGUGCUCUUGUGGGUGUGACGAUGGCUAGGUGUGUUCUUUUUGGUGUGUGUGGGAUCAGGCUUUGGUUGGGAUGUCUUUUGCAUGCUUGAUGUCGAUGCAAUAGUGGCUUGGCUCUUUUGGUCUGUUCGCCCCCGAUUCGCUUUAUUUUUGUUUUUUGUUUUUGACAGGAUCCCUGUCCCGGGAGCGUGACGAUUCUUGUCGGAAUUUUUCUUUUUGCUAAAGUGCGGUAGGAUGUGUAUCCGCAAAGAAGCUUGAGUAGGUCAUUGGGAUGGUACUGUACCAGCAGUCUUGAUUGUAAUAAUACCGCGUUGUGGCAUUCUACGCCGCAUGUUCUGGUCUCUUUUGAAGGAAGGAGUUGUGUGGCCAGUUCAGCUGAAGACAGACAGACGGUUGCACAUGAUGUCAUGAGUGUGGGACCCUCAACCCCGACGGGAAGAUGAUGCCUGAUUUCGAUUAAGGGAUCCAAGCCCUUUUUCGGCACUGUCUCAAAUCCUCACCGUCACGUGUGGACGAGGGGAAUGCAGGUGUGAAAUUCUGCUGGCGGAUCAAUAAUCAGAUCGCCGGAAGCGUGGCCCUCUUGACAAAAAGUACGGAUUAUUCUUAAGCCACGCUCACCUUAACGACUUUGAGCGAGGGGCAGGAGAAAUCUCCGGACACAAAUUGCUUCCCAC